CGCCUUUUAGCUGAAACAGUGACUACAGUGGAUAUGGGGUUAAAAAGAACAGAAAAAAACUGUAAAUCUCUUUCUGGCAGAGCCUUGUGAAAUCUUGUGUAAUUGACUUGACCCACAUGGAGGGGUAGCCACCUCCUUCAAUACAGCCUCAUUACUCUUCCACACUCCACCUUGAUUACUUGCCCCGUGAUUCUUCAUCCUUAAACCACAACCACAGGGAAGCCAUGGGAAACGCACAGAGUGGAGGGAUUCCCAAAGAGUUUGUGGAUGACCUCAAGCUGACCACCAGGUUCUCUGAAGCUGAGAUCACCCAGUGGUAUGAGAACUUCCAGAAGCAGUGUCCUACAGGUCGCAUCACACUACAACAGUUCGAGGAGAUCUACGGCAAAUUCUUCCCAGACAGUGAUGCCAAGGCCUAUGCCCAACACGUUUUUCGGUCCUUUGACACCAACGAUGAUGGAACAUUAGACUUUAAGGAGUAUGUCGUUGCUCUUCACAUGACCUCCUCAGGCAAGUCGACCUUGAAGCUGGAGUGGGUCUUCUCACUGUUUGAUGUGGACAAGAAUGGUUACGUCACAAAACCUGAAGUGUUGGAACUCAGCGAGGCCCUUUUCAAACUCAUACCCAAAGACAAGCAGGCAAAUCUUCCCAGUGAUGAAAGCACACCAGAGAAAAGAGCAGAGAAACUCUGGGCCAUCUUUGAAAAAAAGGACAAUGAGCGAGUCGCAGAGGGGGAGUUCAUCCAAGCCAUCGAAGAAAGCGAAGUUGCACUACGUCUCAUUCAGUAUGAUCAUAAAUGAUCCAACAUAAUCAUGAUCAUGUCAUGCUUGACUUCACGUGCAUUUGUUGUAUAUUAAAUGUGCUCAUUAAAGAUUCACCAUCCUUAAUGUGCAUGUCGCCAUUGUGUUCUGUUAGUUUCACAAACCUUUUUAAGCAAUAAAUAUCUGUUUAAAAAUAGUGCAUUCCAUUUUGAUUUCUAUAUAUUUGGUAUAUUUGAUUUCUGUCAUGCAUUUGUUGAAUUAAAGGUUUGUAUGCACGGCCCUUUGUUUAAUCACAUACCUUUAUAGAGUAAUUCUAAUAGACACUUUUUAGAUUGUAGUUUGUAGAUUUAUGUUCAGUUGAUGUAUGCCGUUGUUUAGUGUCCAGUUUGGUGUCAAAAUGUGUUAUGAGUGAAACCAAUGAAGUUGUUGAAGGUGUUUGAUUAUUCUCCCACAUUAAGAUAUGGUGUCAUUGCUUUUUAUUUUAAUUUCAUCCAAACAAGGUUUAUUUUUGCACUAUACUACAUUGUGUUCCUAAUAAUAUUAUUGCAUUACAGUGGUGUAAAGAUGACAUAUCACAAGUAUUAUCACAGAUAAUGUUUUUGAUUUGAAUAUUCAGUCUUUUACCAGGGUUGGAAUGAGAAACGAAUGCAACUGUGUGUAUACUUUUAGCAUAACCUGAAUAUGCAUGCUGUAACCUAACCAUCAAAACACCAUUCACUUAAAACAUAAGCAAAAGUAUUUCUCCUCUAUUGUCCUUUGUGAUUUUGAUUUUCUUUCGUACCGUUUCUCAUUCUCUCCAUCUCUCACUUGAUCUCUGUCUCUUACUGGGGAGAUUAUUCACAUAAUCUUCUGUUCAGCUUUUGAAAGCAUCUGUCUAAAGCUGCUGGAAUUAUUGUUUGUUGUAAUCUGUCCAUCACUCCAUCUUGUUGUAUAUUCAGAUUAUGUCAUAUUGUGCUUGGUUCUCUUAUUAAAAAAGCAAAAUAUAA